ACUUGUGUCACUACAGGGAUUAAGAAAUUGCAUGUCAGCCUUGUACUAUUAUCUAAACAGUUAACCAGCACAUUAAAAAACUGUUACAAUACCAUAUGGUAAUAGUUAUUAUUAAUAAUUUUUAUAGUUAAUUAAUUAGCAGUGGUAUAAUAAAGGGAGACAGUUCAAGUAGCCAUGACUUAUGUAGUUCCUAUCCUGCUGGUUAAUCUGACUCAUGUCACUGAUAGGGACAUGGCCAAAUAAUUUCCUUCAUCCCUUGGUAGGUGUCCCAUAGAUAACUGUGUGAUAGGUUACAGCAGCUGUAACCCAUUAAGAGUAUGAAGUGUCCUAUUUCAUUUUGGUCAUUUUCCAGGCUGCAGUAAGAUUGUCAACAGGUCAGAUCUUUGUCAAUCUCCUUACAGUCACCAAGGAAACCUGCAACUUUCUCAGGAUUUUACACUCAUGCAGUUUUAGAAACAUACAGUAGUUACUUUGAUUAUUAAGAUGUCAGAGGCGCAAGCUGACGAUCCUCAGUGUGCUACAGUCUAAAUUUGGAAUCACAUUGGCAAUCAGGGCGACUGUGAAGACGCAGAUCUUGUGUGUGGUGACUUGUGUAUACAGGAAAUAGGAAGAAAUUAAAAAACCAAGCUGACGAUCAAAUCUCUUUGUUGGUAUGUGGAUAGUAGUGUCCCAUCAGAAAUGAAGCCACUGGAGGCUAUCAGAUGCACUGUACCAAGCUGUGCUUGUGAAUGUUUCACACCAGGCAAGGACAAUCUGAGAAACUGUGAAUCCUGCAAGCAUGGAUGGGUGUCACAUGCACUAGAUAAAUUAGGAUACAGACACAUAUACAACUUAGGAAUGUCGGUAGAAGUGGUACAACCCAAUGUUGUCUUUGACAUAGCCAGCUUACUGUUAUACGGAGCUACAGCUACACCAGUCCGACUGAAGAUCUUACUAGACAGACUAUUUAGUGUGUUACAACAUGAUGAAGUCCUUCAGGUUUUACAGAGCUUUGGUUGGUCAUAUGAAGACUAUGCAAGAGGAUACAUCUUACAGGUAAAAAAAGAUACUAAUGGGAAAGUCCUAGAUAAAUGGUCCAUUGCCUCACGAGAAGAGGAACAUAUUAUGUUGCAGCAGUUUUUACGAUUUGGAGAAACAAAAUCUAUAGCACAAGAAAUUAUUCUUCAAGACACAAAAGAACAACAGGAUUUAUUUAAGAUGCAAUCAACCAGAGCCGAAUCUGAAAUCAAGAAAUUCAUCGAAAGAAGCAAUCAUUCUGUUCAUAACUACAUGAGAGGUCUUGAGCCUCGUCAUCUGUUUGGAAAUCGACUUCCCUUUGUGCCAAUUGGAAGCCGUCUUAUGACUCCUCCAUCACUUUUAAACUUUUCUCCACCUUUGAGUAACGAUGUCAGAAGUCAUGUGACCUCUGGAGUUCCAUCAUCAAGUCCUGUCACGUCAUCACCAUUAGGCAGACUACAGACCAUGCAGCCAUUCGAUUACCACAGGGAACAAAGUAGUCCUGCCCUCAGCCCAGGCAUACCUGAGAAACAUAAUCCAGAAUCAUAUUCAAGUGAUAGUCCUAAAAAUAUGAGUUUGACACCAACAUCAUCGAAAUCAGAUACACCACCAUACACACCUCAGAUAUCGGAAAGUGACGGCACACCAGUCAAAUCAUCAGCUCUGAUGUCAUUACCCAUCAUGCAACCUGGAGAUCUGGGUAGUAGUAGAGCUCUUGACUUUUCUUCACCAAGGGAUCAUGGGAACAGUUUAAUGUAUGAAGACCACAAUGCCAAACAUUUAAGAAAAUCGCACAAUCCAGUCAAAAGACAAUGGACUCCAUCAGCUAGCUUUGGUACUUCUUUCAUUGGACCUAACGGUAAAAAGCGGGUAUUAUGUACAGCGUGUAAUAAGACUUUCUGUGAUAAAGGUGCACUGAAGAUUCACUACAGUGCAGUGCACUUGAAGGAGAUGCACAAAUGUAGCGUUGAUGGAUGUAACAUGAUGUUUAGUUCCAGAAGGAGUCGUAACAGACACAGUGCUAAUCCUAAUCCUAAAUUACAUAUGCCGCAGAAAAGAGUCAAGUUACCUGAAGGGGCCAGUAUUAUUGAUGAGGACUCUUGCAUGUCGCCAAAUAUGGUAGCAAGUCCACCAAGUAUGGUUGGUUUGCCUACAAGCUUGUCAGAUCCAAGUAUUGUUUCACAGUUUGACACACAUGAGCUUGCUCGUGCUAAUCAUGCUCUGUUCUAUUCUGCUUUAAAUGCACAGAUGUCCGUGUUUCCAUCACCAGAGAAACGAUACCGAUUGGAUGACGAUAUGCCCAAAGACCUAAGUCUUGUUGACAGGAAAGAUUCAGACUUCAAGUCAGAACGUGAUGACUCCCCUCACCACCGAUCAAAUCGUCGUAAAAAUAUGGUACCAACUCGUCUAACACAGCCCUCUAGUAUGCCUGAUAUGAGUGAUGACAAUUCUGAUGAUGAACAUGUGAAAGAGGAUGGAAAAGAAGACAUGAAUGGUGAACAAUACCUUAGCCUUCAUCAAAGGUAUCAAAUGGAUAACGAUAGUUUAGCUGAAAAACAUUAUUUAAAGCGUAAAUUAGUCGUGGAUACCAGUGACGAUAAUGACAUUGAAUUGGGUGAAAUAAGGCGAGACUACAGAAGUCAUGAACUACCUAAUGGACAUGCACAGAAGGAGUAUCCAAAAAUAGCUUCCCUUUUGUCAAAAUCCUGUAAUGAUGAAGUUAUUGAUUACUCUAAAAAGGUUCCUUUAAAUCAUGAUGAGGAUUCACUUUCAAGUGACCAUAGUGCUUUGUCUGAAUCUAAGUCAUCUUUUACAAAUUUAGAAACUGGGCAAAAAAUAUCCUCUUCUGAUGAUUCUGUUGGAGAAUUACCUUUCAGUAAGGAAAAUCCAGAAACUUGUGUCAUGUGUAAUGAAAACUUUCAAAGUAUGGAAGAAGUACGCUCUCAUCUUCAAAACUUACAUUUCAAAUCUAUGCAUUUUUGUUCUGUAAAUGGAUGCAAUGCAUUUUUCAAAUCUAAACGAAAUCAGGAGAGACAUAGCGCUGACUGUGAAAAGUUGAGACAAAGCCUACAGGAUGAUGACAAUGAUCAAUCAGAGGAACGUCAAGAAAUAAAUAUUGAAAAAACAGAGAGUUCUGUUGACAAAUAUGCCAAAACGAAUGGGAACAAACAUUACGAUAGUUCUGAUGGGGAUGACGAAGAUUCAGAUGAUGAAAUUGACAAGAAAAAUGAAAACAACAACUUCGACAAUGAAACUGAAAAAGACGAAAUUGCCAUCCAUAAAAAUGGUAUAAAUGUCCAUUGUCAUGUCUGUCAAUCAAAAUUUAAGGAUAAUUUAGCUUUGAAAGAACAUUUUGAAAUCAAUCAUCCAAAAGAAAUGUUUCACUGUACAAUUAAAGGAUGUGAAAAGAUUUUUUCAACCCGCAAAAGUCGAAAUCGUCAUAGUCAGAAUGGAAACCUACAUCAUCAUCUCCCGGAAACAAAAAGCUGAAAUGAUUCAUAAUAGAAAAGUGCUGAAGAAUAUGUAUGCAAUAAACUUGGAUAUGUGCUGUCAAUAUGCAAAUGUUAAAUGUUUUAGUAUUAUUUAAUUUCCUUAAUUUAUAACAAAGUUGUUGAUAUUGUGAAGUUAAUUAGUACAUAGAUCCAAUAGUCUGUUUAUGGGGAUUUAUUUGUAACCUUUUUAAAAUUUGUUCUUUAAAAACAAAGCAAAUUUGGUUAAUUUAUUUUUCAUUUUAUUACUUCACAGGUCAAAGGGAGCUAACUCUAUUCAGACCUUUCCCACAAUUGCCAAAUAUUUAUGCACUAUUUGUAUAAUAUUAAUCUAUGCAUUUUAAUUGUUGUGUUAUGUUGUUAUACCAUAGAGUACUGUGGUAGUUAAUCAGAUCUCCAGAGCUGUGUACAUUUCUUGUAUUUAUUGUUUCAUUUUGUUGCAAAUAAUAUUUAAUUUUCAUUUUUUUCAUUUUUGAUAAAUAUGCAAAAUAUCUAAUGGAUAAUGAUCUUUGUCAAACAAAAAAACCAAAUAAAAUAUCUGUGAAAACUGAUUUGAACAACAAAGUGAUUGUUGAUAUUCAAGUUAUUAGGGAGACCAAAUCAUUCUUUGUGUAAAGAUCAGAGCUGAAUAUACAAAAUGCAAUCUACCUUUCAUUGUUUUGUUUCAGUUUAGAUUUCCGUCCACAACUAUUUGUUUGUUUGUUGUCAGUUUAUUUUGACAACGAAAAUUUCUUUUAUGAUCAUUGAGAUUUAUUUUAAAUUAUAUUAUUGAUAAAAAAAGGAAUAAUUUGUUGAUAUCAAUGUUAUAUGUGAAUGGAUUCACUAAAUGUCUUCUGCGUUAAUUUUUGUUUACUUUUUUCCUUUAUUUAAGUAUAAUUUGAAGGAUAAUAAUCACAUCCUCAAAUUGAAAAAAACAAUUUCAAAUCUAUGCAGGUCUUAAUAAAUCAUUAUUAAUUGGAGGUUUCAAAAUCUAAUGCAUCCUGGGUAAUAUUUUCAAAAGUGUAUACCAAGCUGUUGUGAUUGGUUUAAAACAAUCUAAACAAUGAACAUUUUACCAAUGACCAAAACAUAAUUUCAAUUUUGGUGUAUGAACAAUGAGAUUACCCAUAAUCCUUUAGAUUCUGAAAAGGUGAAUUAAAAACAAUUAUUUAGAAUAAAUAUUAAAUCCUGCAUGGUUGUUUAGUAUUGUUUCAUGUGUUGUGAUGAAUAUUUUAGCUCAGGAAGUUUUUUUAAGUUGUGAGUAGAUUUUUGUUUUGCUGUUAGAGAUUAUAAAAGUUGGUUUUAUGACAAUCCCUUUUUUCUAGUCAAAUAAUUUUCAGACAAUUGAAUGUCUUGUAAUUAUAUUAUAACAAAAGUUAAAUUAUUCAAAGGUAUUAAGACACAUGUAUAUUAUUUAUGUUACAUUCAUUAUUUUAUUUGUAUUAUUUAUACACAUGCAUUUAUAUGUAUCAGUAUUCUAUGCAUGCUUUCAUCAUGUUCAUAAUUGCAUUACAUCAACAACAAAAAUUCAUAUUUGUGUUAUAUUUGAAACUACAUGUAUAUCUAAACAUAUUUUUUUCUAGUACUCUCUGAACAACAAAAUUCACCUGAUCAUUUGUUAAUAUUUUUAUUUAAAUUGUAUUUCAAAAUCCAUAUUUUGCUUUUUUUUUCAAUACAACAAAAAAAAACUACGUUUGUCGAAUUUUGGAUGAACUCUAUAUCUUUCUUUUUUCUACAUAAUCUCUUUUAGUAUAGUAGUAAACGUUUAGUACUAGUUAUAUUCUUGAGAGCUUGAUAAAUGACAUUGUAGUAGUAUUUUAUUUGACAAUUUAGAAGAAAAAUAAAAUAUUUUUAAAGUUAAGUGUAACCAAAGGCUAGGGUAUAUACAACCUGUUGUUUAGUGAAAGGUUUCCUUAUAAUACAGCAAUUAUUUAUAUGAGGGGGGAUAGGAUGGGUCCUUAUCCCGAAAUCCCUGGCUUAAAAAACGAAAUCCUGAGGUCCAGAAUUUAAAUAAAGUAAAUCCUGACAUCCUGAAAUCCGAAAAAAAGAAUUCCUGGAACCCGAAAGGGUCAAUCCCGAAAUCCCGAGCUUAAAAACACCUGAUCCCGGAGUCCAGAUAAAGGUCCUAUUCCCCCUCUUAUAUGUAUGAAAAGGAAACAAGUUAUACAUAUUAUAUUAUGUUUUUGGGGUGCUGUCUCAUUGACAUAUACCCAACAUCUCCUUCUAUUAAUAUCUUUUUUUUCAAUUGUAGAAUAAUUUCUUCAAUUUAAGUUUAAAAUUUAUUUAUUUUUUUCUCAUUUCAAAUUUUAUGAUUACAAUAUACUAAUGAUUCAAUCAAACUUCAUAAUACAUUGAGGAAAUUGAAUGUUAGUAUAUCAUCUACUAACUCUAUCAACUUAGCUUGUGUUCUUUUCAUAUUAAAUUAUAUUUAUAAUUUUCAUCCAUGCAUUUGUAAAUAAGCUUUUGAUGUUGAAAUAGUCAAUUCUAAAAAUUAGACAGACAUUCUAUGGCCAAAGAGGAGAUAACUCUUUUGAAUCUCAAAAUCUUGGUUAUUUCAAUUCUUAACUAAAAUUCACAAUUGUUUUUGUUUUUCAUUUCUUUGCCUAUUUAUACUUAAAGAUUUAACGAGCUAUAUCUGAAAUUGUAAUUGCAACAUUCUUUUAAAGUUUUAAUCUUUCAAAUUGGUUUUUUUUUAAGUUUCUAAAGAGUUGUCUUUUCUUUGCCUUCAGAAAAGUUCUGUCUAGAGUUCACUUUAAACCUAUGCAAGUAAAAUGUAGAUAUAGAUAGAGAUAUUUUUAAUCAGAAUUCUAGCAACUAUGCUAAAAUAUGUGUAUCAAAGCAAUAAUUCUUUAUAAUAUGCAUGCAAAAUUUAUUUAUAUGUUUUACAGGGAUAUGAAUUAUCAAUUUAUGCAGAAGUUUCCCAUGAUGCAAAUAUCAUUGUUUAAAGUAUUAUUUGUUUAUAUAUAUGUAGACUAGUUUUUUGAAAGGCAACAGAGAUUGAAUUUUACUUCAAAUACCUCAAUAUCCAAAAGAAAGUAUAUUUGUUUAAAGGAGCAUGAUUACUGACGAUAUUUUCUAUCUUUCUAAUUUAAAAGAAAAGAAUAAAAUAGCGAUAUUUUUCUUAUGUAAAUUUAUGCAAGCAGUCAUCUUACAACACAUGGUUUUUUAAUGUACUGGAUAUAUUUAUUAUUUGAAAAGGUUUUCUUAGACUUAGACUUUCGAAGAAAAACAAAAAAAUAAAAAAAGGAGAAAAAAAUAUUUUUGGGGUCAGAAUAUUGUUAUGCAAAACUCUGUAGACAUUUUGUAUUAUUUCUUGUUACAUCUGUCAUAUAUGUAUGCAAAUUGAUAAGAAUUUAUCCCUUAACAUUUGGUGCAAGCUUUUUGUUCACUUAAACUCUAAAACGAAAAACAUUAAUAGCUUAUCUGAUAGGUGUUGGUGUUUUGUAAAUAAAUUAAAAAAAACCUUCAUGCCAUCUUUCCCCUAAACAUGUAACAGUUCAGUCUCUGUUGUCAAGUUUUUCAAUGAUUUAAUACCAUUACACAUUAAAUCCUGCCAGUCAAGUUGCCAAAUUGUUGAUAUUUUUUUUUUAAUUUAGUGUGUACAAAGUACGUACCUGUGAUAUACCGUUUUAUUUUCUAUGCCAAAAAAAAUAGAUACAGUUAGUCAACAUCGAACAUGCAAACAAUCUUAGUUUUAGUUCACAUUUAUACCAAUAAUUUCAAAGAUAAAUUAUGCAUUGUGGACCGAUUGGCUGUUAAUUUUUUUAGUUGCAAAUGAAAGAAGCAUAUGUCAAUCAAAGUUAAAACUUUAUACAUAAUUUUUAUUCAGCAUCAUAUUUUUUUGUCCAUUUCACAUUGUUAAUAUUGAUAGUAGUACAAAUAUUGUUUAUCUUUAAAAUAUCAAUAAUCCAUGUUUAUAUAAUUUAUUGUUAUUUUCACAUCUAAGCUUCACUAUGCACAUUUUAUAAACAAAGCAUAAUAAUAUCUGAAAUGGCAGUCUCAAAUUCUCAAUUCAUUUGAUGAAAUGCAAUUGUGUACUAAAUGUAUCAGUGUUUAGAGGCUAUUUUUGUAGCCAUUUAGAGGCUAUUUUAGUAGCCAUUCACUCAAGCAUCUAGUCAAUGUCUUAGUUUUGUUUUGUGAACUCAUUGGUUGUUGAAUAUUUUUAAAUUUAUUAUUUAUUAUACUGAAGACCAGUUUUGUAUCAGUAUUAGCAUAGAAUAAAGUUCUUUUGUAGCAGAAA